CCAAAAGAUGAAAUUGUUUUGAUUCUCCUAGAACUAUAAUUUGGACCACCCUGAUAAUUAAGAAGGAUAUACACUUUUUUUAGAGUAAGUAAUUAAUUAAGGAAAGAAGAGUAGAAUGGAGCUGUGGAAGCUGUUCAUGACUGCAUUAAUGCCGGUUCUUAAGCUGAUAAUCAUCACUGCUGUAGGAGCAUUUCUUGCUCUUGAUCGCUUUAAUUUGUUGAGAGACAAUGCUAGAAAGCAUUUGAAUGCAUUGGUAUAUUAUGUGUUCAUUCCAGCUCUUAUAUGCAGCAUCCUGACAAAAUCUAUAACAUUUAGGAGCCUGGUUAUGCUGUGGUUCAUGCCAAUGAACAUUCUUCUGACAUUCAUCGCAGGGUCGGCUUUAGGAUGGUUACUUAUGAAAGUAACCAAAGCUCCUCAUAAUUUGCAAGGCCUUGUUUUAGGCUGCUGUGCUGGAGGAAAUCUUGGAAACUUGCCUCUGAUUGUAAUUCCUUCAGUUUGUAAACAAAGCAGUAGUCCUUUUGGAGAUGUAGAUGUUUGUUAUCAAAAAGCAAUGGCUUAUGUUACUCUUUCUUUGGCUGUUGGAUGCAUGUACUUUUGGACUAUUGUGUACAGCAUAGUGAGAGCAUAUUCAUGCAAGGUUUCUAGUGUCGGAAAUGUUGAUGAUUCCACAUCAUAUCCAUUGGAAUUAAUAGAAUCAGAUCCUGAAAACCAUACAAAACCUUCAAAUGGAUUAGUUGUUACUUUAGAGGAAAAAACAACUCCUGAUGUAGGCAAUCAUACAAAGCUUAUGGAAACAUUGAAGAAAUUAGUAGUAAAGCUCAAUUUGAACAUCCUAUUAACUCCUGCAACAAUUGCAGUGAUUGUUGGUUCGGUGAUUGGUGUAAUCCCUCAACUUCGAAAGCUGUUUAUUGGCGAAAAUGCCCCUCUCCGUGUAGUUCAGGACUCUACAUCCAUGUUGGGUGAUGCAUGCAUUCCAGCAAUCACUUUACUAGUUGGAGCAACUCUUCUUCAGGGGUUAAAAGGGUCAGGAAUUAAGGUUUCAAUUGUUAUAGGGAUCAUUGCGGUUAGGUUCAUCGCCUUACCAAUGCUAGGUGUGGGCAUUGUUAAAGGUGCAGUGCAUUUUGGUGUGAUCCACCAUGAUCCAUUAUAUCAUUUCACUUUGCUGUUUCAAUAUGCUGUUCCUCCUGCAGUGUCCAUGAGUACAAUUACUCAAUUUUUCGGAGCCGGUGAAACAGAAUGCUCAAUCAUCAUGCUAGCAACUUAUGCCUGUGCCUCAGUUUCUGUUACUGUCUGGUCUACCAUUUUCAUGUCGAUUGUGACAUAAAUGUAUUUCUAAUACCAACUCUAAGGGAUUUUUUCCUGAGAUAGAAGAAACUCCAGCUGCAUUUUGUUUCAAGUACUUCAGUUCUGUGUAGUGAAUCAAAUUUGUCCUUAACAUUUACUACAAUUGUAAACGUUGGUAAUGCUGCCUCUAUACAUAUUAA